AUUUGUAAGACGGAGAUAACACAUACGGCCAUACGGGUGAAGCAAUAUAUAAGUUAUAAGUACCUAUUACUAGUAUUUUAUUAAUAUACCUUUAUUGUAGUAUAAUACAAUAGUACAAUAUUGAUAUAUAAUAAUAUUAUGAUUAACUGAGUAACCCACUUGACGCCCAGUCAUUAGCUAUACUAAAGAUAGGAAGAAACCAUAAAAUAGAUUAUCGAUAAAAUAAAAUAGUACUUAUUGCGUUAUAAUAAUUUUGUAUUGUACAACAGUCUCCUAGAUUUAAUGCCUGUAUUAAAUAUUAUAUGUUAAAAUGUGUCAUCACACCAUAUAUGUAAUAUCAGUAUACGGACAGUACGUGGUCCGUAACAUUAGUGAUACAAAUCUAGCUUAUAUUUAGGAGUUUUUAAUAAUAAAUUAAUACUUAUCAAUUAUCAUAUACAAUUAUAAUAUAAGCAUUUAGCACUUACAUGCAAUAAUUUCUUUACAGUUUAAUAUUUAUAGGAAUCUUUCAACUAUUAUAACUAAGUGGUAGUCUUUACUACUUAUAUACUAAAAUGUAUCACCCAUUUAUUCUCAUAUAUUAAAUACAAUAAUAUUACAAAUGUUUAAUGUAUUUAAGGUACCUAUUCUAUAAGUUAAAACAUGAGUGUAAAUAGUGCACUCACAAGUAACAAAUAUGAAUCUAAGACAUUUAGGAAUGGCUCUCACAUGGUCAGCGUAUUUGAAGUUCUACAUUCUUUACGCCGAGAUGAUGUUUUAUGUGAUAUAUGGUUGCAAACAGAUGAUGGUACACUGGUAUCUGGACAUAAAUUGAUAUUAGUAUCUGCUUGUCCAUAUUUCAGCCACAGAUUUAAUGAAAUAAAGACAAAUCUAUUUCCUUUAAAAGAGUUAGAUUCCACUGCUUUAAAACUCUUGGUUGACUUUAUUUAUACUGGAAAAAUCAUAAUUACUGAACAAAAUGUAAAGGUUUUAUUACCGGCUGCAAAUUUUUUACAGUUACAAUUUGUAAAAGAUGCAUGUGUUGAAUUUUUACAAUUACAACUGGAUCCUAUAAAUUGUCUUAGUAUUAGAGCAUUUGCUGAUUUGCAUCACUGUUCUGAAUUAAUAUCAAGUUCUGAAACAUACAUUAAAAAACAUUUUCAAGACGUGAUUAAAAAUAAUGAGUUCCUAUCUUUAAGUUCAAAAGAAAUGAUUAAGCUAAUUUCCAGUAACGUACUUAAUAUUUCAUCUGAAGAAAAAGUAUAUGAAUGUGUUAUUAAUUGGGCAAGACAUAAAAUAGACGAUAGGUAUGAAAGUUUGUCUGAGUUAAUAGAACAUGUACGUUUACCACUGUUAUCCUUAGAGUACAUAUCAGUUAAUGUAUUUCAGGAACCUCUUCUAAAAAAUAACUCUAAAUGUAAAGACUAUAUAAUUGAAGCUUUUCAAUUGAAUAUUCUCAAGACAAAACAGCAUAUCACUAUUCCGCAAAACAUUCGGAAUACACCUAGACAGUCUGGACAUAAAGUUAUUUUAGUGUUCAGUAAUUCAAAAUCCCACUGGUAUGACCCAGUAACUAAGUUGUGGCAGAUUUCACCAGUAAUAAGUAUGAGGGGUUUUUUUGUUGUUCUAGCUUUAGUAAAAGAACGUUUUGUGUUUGCUAUAAACAAUACAUUAUCUGAAUCAAAAUCUGUUAAAAUGCUUGAUAUAUUUUUACAACCACCUUGUUGGGUAUCAAUGGCUAGAAUGUUAACUACAAGAGCCUGGGCUGGAUUUGGUGUAUUAGAUGAUUGUUUAUAUGCUGUUGGCGGACUCGGCGAAUCUUAUAAUAUUUUAAAUAGUGCAGAAGUUUUUGAUAUAAGUAUUCAAAAAUGGCGGAUGAUAUCUAAUAUGAAUACUACGAGAAUGGAAUUGGGUGUUGGAGUACUCAAUAAUCUUUUAUAUGCAAUAGGAGGUUUUGAAACAAAUGUGAAUACCUUAACAGUUUUGAAAUCUGUCGAAUCUUAUGAUCCCAGUCUUGAUACAUGGUCACCAGUUGCUGAAAUGUCUAUAUGUCGCGCUGGUGUUGGUGUAGGAGUGUUAGACGGUGUAAUGUAUGCAGUUGGUGGUCAUAAUAUUGAUAAUUAUGAUCAUGAACAGGAAAGUUUAAAAAGUGUAGAGGUCUAUAGACCUUGUUCCAGAGUUUGGUCUUUUAUUGCCGACAUGCAUUUUCCACGAAACAAUCCUAUAAUUACGUUAGAUGGUUUGUUGUAUGUUAUGGGCGGAAGUAACGAACAAUGUUUGGAUUUGGAUUCUGUUGAAAUAUACAACCCCGACACAAAUACCUGGUCCUUGGAAACAUUACCUGAAAACGUCAGCCGACUUGUUUGUGGAUUAGUUGUUGAUAAGUCACCAUAUUUUAUAACUACAUAAUUAGUAUAUGUGUGCUUAUUGUUAGUGCAUACAUUUUAUAUUAUAAUAAAUAGAUAAAUGAUUAUGUAUAAUUUUUAAUAAAGCAUUUAUUGUUAUUAUAUCAAUAUGAAAUUUUGCAAGGAUUUUAAUACCGUCGUUUUGUAUAAUAAUAUGUUAUAUUAAAAUGUUUGUUUUUAUAUUCAAUAAUUUUUUCUUAUGGGUACUUAAUAUUAUUACUUCGUAAGUGAUUUAUAAUACAUUUUUAAAAUUAUGAAAAUAAUAAAAGUAAAUAGUUGUAUAUUGUAUAUUUGUAUAAUAUAUAGUAAUUUUAUAUGA